AGAUAAAAGAAAAAGAAUCGGGUUUGAUUUGAUUGCUCUGAAGAAGCGAUCAAUCAAAAUUGGAUGAAUAACAGCAGAUGAUGAUUUGUUUUUGCUCUCAGAAUGCGAGAGAUGGGAUUCAAGCUUGUCUUCACGAUUACGAUAGGCUCCUCAAUGUCGCUGUCAUCCUCAUUUACAUCCAAAUUGGAUGUUCCCUGAUCGGAUCCCUCGGCGCAUUAUACAACGGUGCGUCGCUGAUGAAUUUGGGGAUCGCAUUAUUCGCUUUGGUUGCCAUCGCGAGCAGCAGUCAGAGCUUGGGCCGAACCUACGCCAUUUUGCUCUUCUGCGCCAUUAUUCUCGACAUUUCAUGGUUUUUCCUAUUUUCCCGCGAUAUUUGGAGCACGUCCAACCAAAGUAAUGAGAUGGUGUUCGUCUUCUCGCUCAGAUUAACGCUUGCCAUGGAGAUCUUGGGGUCUUGCGUAAGAUUCUUUUCGUCCCUGUUAUGGAUUCAAAUAUAUAGACUGGGAGUUUCGUAUGUAGAUAGUUGUGCUAAUCUGCGAGAACCUGAUUUUGAUGUGAGAAAUAGUUUUCUGAACCCACCAACCCUACUCAAUUCCAGACAGCGCUCCAACAGUGAUUCUGAUGACGCUGUAGGAUCUCAUUACUCUCCUCUUCUUGAAGACCGUCAACAAACCGAGAGUUCUUAGCUAAAGCCGUCGCCUGGUGGAGAAUACUAAAAAAGUGUCUCUCUUUGAAUUCAACCACAGCUGUAAAAAAAUCAGCUUGAUAUCACUACAUUUGGUUUUGAAGCUUCUUAAAUUUGUUCGGCACGGCCUGAGAUACUGGUGGGAGUGGGAUUUGUAGAAGUUCCUGCUCUGUCAUUCUUUUCCCAGGAUGUAGCUGCAGCUAGUAGAGUUAGA